AGGCAGAAAAGUUGAUUGAGAUGGAGACGGGGCAAUAGACAGAUUGAUCGAUGGGUACACGUGACAGGUUGGGGAGCAAGUUGUGCCUAAAUUAAACCGGCCCCGGCCGAUGGGGAUGGAUCAUGGUUAUCUUAUCGCAAACACCAUGCGUUUCUAUCGUGAAAGAAAAGCAUAACAUUUAUGUCAUUAGCAGAAGCCACAUCCAACCCUUCGUCGCCGCCCAGCUCGCCUAGGUGUUCAUCUUCGCUGCGGAAGGAUCCGUCGCAGGGGUCUCCAUCGCCAUCUACCCCCGCGGCGACAUGUUCUGCAUCGACACCGACACCAGCUACCUCACGCUCGAGUUCGCCGUUGCCUGCCCCCGUUUUACAGCAGCCUCGCCUCACUUGCCCUCCACCCAUUGUUCAGCCAACGGUGAGGAAGAGUGGGAGGUACGCGCUUGCGGAGGAUGUGGCCGGGCCAACAGAUGAGGACGACAUGCAGAGGGCAAUGCGGCGCAAGGCGGAGAAGAACCUCGACACAGCAGGUCAUCUACAGAUGUACAAGUAUUCUCCGUUCGUGGUUACCUCUUCAGCGAGUGGAGAACCGAGAGCUGUUUACGGAGGUCUGUACACGGUUGGAGGCUACGGCGAGGGAUACUUUUUCCCUACAUGGGUGGCAGCAUAGUGUACAGAUUACAGCACCACCCACAUCCUAGGCGUUAUAUGAUUCAUCGCUCCGAUAUGUAUUUCGCCUUUUAUUUUAUCUGUUGACUCGAGACAUAUAAACGGCUGUGUGCAUCCUGGUUAUGCAAAGGCUGGAUGUAAUUGCUUUUUCAAAGUAAUAAAACAUCCU